AUGCUGCCUUAUCAGAGCCUUGAAGAAGCAGACGAAGCCCUUGGCAGAGCUCUAAGUGUUGCAGAGAAGCUAUGGUUUCAAUACUCAGCUCAGAAACCUGAUUUCAUCCUCCAUUGCCAUAACAUUCUCUUCGUGAUGUUGUUCUACACCUUAGCUCCUCUUCCGUUCGUGUUCAUAGGGCUUGGCUGGUUCAAGAACAUGGACAAGUUCAAGAUUCAACCGAAAGUUGACGACUGUUUCUCUAACAUGUUCAAGUGCUAUAAACAUGUCAUGCGCACCUUUGUUCUUGUCGUUGGUCCGCUGCAAGUCAUUUCAUACCCCACCAUCCAGUGGAUAGGGAUUCGGACGAGUCUGCCAUUACCAUUCUUGUCGGAAGUAUUUUGGCAAAUAGUGGUGUAUUUUAUUAUAGAGGAUUUUUCACAUUAUUGGGUCCACCGGAUGCUCCAUACAAAAUGGGCCUACAAAAAGAUCCAUCGGGUCCACCACGAAUACACUGCUCCAAUUGGGCUUGCAGCACCAUAUGCCCAUUGGGCUGAGAUUUUGAUUCUGGGCCUUCCAUCAUUUCUCGCCCCAGUAUUGGUUCCGGGGCAUAUUGUCACGUACUGGUUGUGGUUCAUUUUGCGGCAAUUGGAGGCCAUUGAGACUCAUAGCGGGUACUUGUUACCUUGGACUCCAACAAAAUACAUCCCAUUUUAUGGUGGUGCAGAGUACCAUGACUACCAUCACUUUGUUGGGGAGCAGAGUAAACGCAACUUUGCAUCGAUUUUCACUUAUUGCUAUUACAUUUAUGGAACCAACAAGGGAUAUCGAUCUCACAAACAAGUCCUUGAGAAGGUGAAAAAACAAAAGAAAGAAGAAAAAGAAUUCUGCACAGCUUUGCGAGGUUUGGGGUCAGUCAUGAUCCUCCUGGUGCUUGGGGUCGUAGGUGUCACCUAUUACACUGUCGUUUUGACUAAUUAUGGCCCGGCUUUGUACAACGGUGGCCUUGACUCUCUCAUUGCUCUUGUCGUCUUGAUCUUGUUCCAUUGCUUGUUGGUGAUGCUCUUAUGGAGCUACUUUUCUGUUGUUUUGACGGAUCCCGGUUGCGUGCCACCUAACUGGAGGCCUGCUGUUGAUGAAGAGAGAGGGGAGGCUGACCCCUUGACUGGGUCGGAUUUUAGUGGUUUGCAGACUGACCCAUCUAAUCAAAGAAUCCGGUAUUGCCGGAAGUGCAACCAGCUGAAACCACCUCGUUGCCAUCAUUGCUCAGUUUGUGGGCGUUGUGUACUGAAAAUGGAUCACCAUUGUGUAUGGGUUGUAAAUUGUGUUGGGGCCUUAAAUUACAAAUAUUUUCUACUUUUCUUGUUUUACACAUUUCUGGAGACAAGUGUUGUAACUUUAUCCUUGCUGCCACAUUUUAUUUCAUUCUUUAGUGAAGGAGAAAUACCUGGAACACCUAGCACCCUUGCAACUACCUUUCUUGCUUUUGUGUUAAAUCUUGCGUUUGCAUUAAGCGUUUUGGGGUUUCUGAUCAUGCAUAUAUCGUUAGUGGCUGCAAAUACGACAACCAUUGAGGCAUAUGAGAAGAAAACCUCUCCUAAAUGGCGCUAUGACCUUGGUCGAAAAAAGAAUUUUGAACAGGUUUUUGGUAUGGAUAAACGAUACUGGUUCAUCCCUGCUUAUUCUGAAGAAGAUUUGCGACGCAUACCAGCGCUGCAGGGUCUUGAGUAUCCGUCGAGGCCUGAGUUUAACUCCCAAGAGUUCUGAUGCCAUUUGUUUUGACUUGUCAGUGAUACAGAAAUUUUCCUUGUAACAAUAGAUGUGGAACGUCCACAAAAAGUUCCCUUUGCAGUCGUAACUCUCAUCAAAUCACAAGCGACUAAUUCAGUCUCACAAUUUUUCAUUCCUAUGGGCAUCUUCUUGUAAACACGAUGAUUGAGAUGCAGAUCCAGAAGGGCGGUUUAUGGGUUGCAGUGUUUUACGGUAGUGGGACUGGCAUGAUUGAUUGGUGUUUAUUUUUGUUAAAUAUGUGUUAGGAAAUUUGGGAAGUGUAACAUAUGGAAAAUGAAACUUUCAUGUGGUGGCAUGAAAUGAUGAUGUUGUUCCUUUAGGCUUGUUGUACCAUUCAUUGAAAUUACAGGAUCAAUCUCAUGGCCUUGCCAGUCAAGUGUAAUGUAUGCUAUGUAUCCAAGAAAUAAUCUAAUUUCACAUUGAAUUUUAUGCUU